UCGAGACGCGCCAUCGCUCAAAAAUGUUUCUUGCCCCCUUUGAAGGAUUGGGACGCCGCCGCAUCAAAGAACUGUGAAAGUUCGAGGAUCCUCGAGACGAAUAGCGUGACGCAGGAGAGUCUCUUGAAAUGUUCUGUCAUGUGCCCGAAGGAAAGAAUCGCCGCGGACGAAAUGUCGCCGCCGUUCCAAAAGAGUGAAACGCUCGAGAAAAUGUCGAAUUUCGGCUCGUCUCUCGUUUUACGUACGUCCCGCGAGGACCAGUAUUUAGAGGCGAUGCAACAGCGUCAUUUGCAGGAAAAAGAAUUGGCGGAUCGUCUUAUGCGUCAAGCAUUAAAUGAUCGAGACUGCUUCGUAUAAGAAAAAAAAAACAGGGCGGCGUAAAUGUCUUUCCAAAUAUAAUUUUUUAAUGUUCACUUUCGUGACUGAUACUAUUCUAUCUGACCAUCUAUUUUUAUAAUUAUUUAUCGAUGUUUUGCUUUUCGUCACA